AAAUGGACUGAACCGAUGAAUCCGAUGGGUUUGGCCCCGUUUAAUUCGGGCCCUCCGUCUUGGGCACCGCCGCCGCUGCCGCCUUUGCCACCUCCGUCUACCAGCUUCUGGACUGCCGGAAAUGUACGCAGCCGGCUUAAGGAGCUUUACGAUACUAUAAACCUCGCUAAAGCAAUGCAAAAAGAGUUGGAAAUGUUGAUUUGGAUGAAAGAAAGGGAAGCAACUGACGAAGAUGAAGAUAAAGAGCAUGGUGACAUGUCAAAGGAUAGGUUCUCUAAGUUUAUGAAGGACAAUCAGAUCGAAGUUGAAUUCCAAGAAUCUAUGUCUUUGAACGUUGCAAAUGCAAUAAUGUCCAAACUUAGAUUUCAGCUGGAGCCGUUCAGAGUCAUCACAGAUGAAAAUAGUCCGUGGGAGGAAAAAUCAGCUGCAAAGAGGUUAGCUGAUAAAAUGCAGAAGUAUAAAAGAAAUAAACUUUGGCGAAGAAGGAAGAGAAAGCGAAUAGCUGAGAACUUAUCCAGGGAGCGUGAGCAAUUUGAUCAAAUAGAUAAAGAAGCUGAUGAAUGGAGGGCCAGGGAGAUCGCCAAAGACAUUGCACAGCGCAAGGUAGAAAAGAUGAACGAAAUAGCAAAGCUCAAGGCAAAAGAGGAGAAGAAAAGACUGGAAGCUGAGCUCGAGCUGGUGUUGAUUGUUGAAAAGCUGCAGGAAUUACGCUCCUUCAGAAUACAGAAAUUGAAAAGACAAGGUCAUUUCCUUCCAGAAGAGGAUGACAAGUUUCUCGAACGAGUUAGAGCUGCCGUUGAGGAAGAGGAGCGCCAAACAAUGGCUGCAGCAUUCCCAGAUGCUGCCAAAGAUGCUAUUGCUACUGCUGAGGAAUCAAGAAAACACAUCCAGAGUCAUGCACCAGACAUGGAAGAACCAGGCCUUAAUAAUAGUGGAUAUAGGGAAAGUCAAGAUCAGGAAAAUGAGACUGCAAAUGAAAGAGUUUCAAAUGUGGUUGCCCCUAAAGAAUUUCGAAAAGUUGACACAAAUGGACCUGGUUCUAGCAGUGUGUACAAUUCUGUUGCAAAUUUACCUAUGGAAUUUUACCAUUACUAUCAUGGCAGCAAUACUGAUAUGGGCACACUAAUUGAGGUGAGACGAACAUGGGAUGCAUAUAUAAGACCUGGAGGAAGCCGUAUACCAGGGCACUGGGUUCAACCACCACCCCCGGCAGAUGAGAUUUGGGCAUCCUACCUCGUGAAGCCCAAAUGACUUUAAUCCGUGUUUCGAAGGCUGUAUAUUGAAAUGCGUUUGUCUAGCCCGUCUGGAAAUUGGAGUUAUCUCUUAGUAUGGUUAAUUUGGUUCUGGGAACUGAAACUGAACGAGGCUAAAGGUUUGACCCUGUUGACAUGGAACAAGAAGAAAACCCAAGAUCUCCACUUGCAAUUUUGGUAAAACAGCAUUCCUGUUGCCUCAGACCAGCGUUCAUUGGAUUUGUUGGGCAAAGGAGGGUUACGAAUACGAUCUUUCCAUGAAGAAACCAGAUGGCAUUAUCUAUUAGCCAGUCUGAUUUUGAGGUUGCUCCAUGGUUUGUGGUGAAAACAGAUUUGUUUAAGUAUCUGUUUCUUCUGCAACAGUUUUUUCUAGCGGAAUUGCACCCCAAAAUGCAACAUCCGUGUUCCCCUUGGGUUGUGUGUUGACUGACAGGAAGCUGGAGUAAAUUACUAAGCGAAAUUCAUUUUUUAGUCCUGUAUUUAUAAUUUUAAACUGUUGUGGCCGUUUUAGUCUUC